UUCGCGCUGAUGUUAUCAGAUGCGGACACAACCCCGUGCACUUGGAGCAUCUCAACAGAGACUGCCAACCAAGCUAUGCCACGUUCUGUAGCUGUAACUAUGCCUAUGAACCAUUAAGUUCAAACUUUCCUUGCCACUGAAGUCAACGAAGUCAACAGCAGUCAACGAAGUCAACUAAAGUCAACGAAGAACAAGAUGCACAAGACGUCUGCAUGCGGAAGAUAUCCAAAGUUGCACCAGAAAAGAGAUCUGCAGCUCACUGCUGCCGUGAUCAGGACCACCAGCAUCCUCUUUAGAGACCCUUCCAAUCCAUCCAUUCAUGAGACGCAGGACCAUUCUUUCUCUUUCUCUCUUUUCUCUCUCUCUCUCUCUCUCUUCUCUCCAGGAUAUAGAAGUCAAACGCCCUCUGGAACGAGUCUUCUCUUCGGUCGUCACCGCGUCCAGGAGAUGUGCAUCGGCAGGUCUUUUCCCAAAGUGGAGGAGCUCGAUGUCAGAGGAGACGCCGGGCUGGUCAUUUAGCGAUCUAGUCGUCCGAGUUCAGAUGAUGAAAGAUCAGUGUGGACCGGCUGAACGUUUUGGGAAUCACGUAGUUCUCAGCGUCGUUCACUGCUGGGCUAGCUAGCUGUCUCGCAUUUCCACGAUGCAUGGAGAUUGAGGAGUACAUGGAGAAUUGAGUUUUAUGUUUCUCUGGAGGUGGACACCAUGCACUUACUCAGAAGAUCUACAGGUCGGGCAUCGGUCGUUUCCUCUCCUGAUCUGCCCGCUCUCCGCGGACGCUUGAGGAUGCUGGUGAUUCUGGUGCUGUGUUGCCUCCAGCUCGGUGCUUGCGCCGUUGGUCAAGAGGAUACCACCUUCGGAGAAAUAAGCAGAAUCGAGACUCUAGAUGAGACUCUCCAGGAUCCAGAUUUCGAUGCACGUGCAGAAUCGGCCGGGAAAGAGCAUGGCAGCAUCAACAUCGAGAGUGGACUUCCUCCGCCUUCCUCCGUCGAAGCGCAUAUGGGCCAGCAACAAGCACACGGCGGUCCCAGGAGCCAGCGAGAGCUGCAGCAGUUUAGACUUCAGGACCAAGCCGUCGACACUUCGUUAACGACUCGUCAUGAGCCUUACCAUCGUUCUUUGGAAGAAUCUUCACACUCCCGACCAAUAUCUCGUACUUUGCUCCAAGACAGCUUCGGGGAGGCCGAUGCGCUCCUGCAAUUCAAGGCCGAAAUUGAAAGCUACAAGGACAACGCUUUGGAUGGAUGGACAACGGGGAAUCGGUCCACCUACUGCUCGUGGACGAGGGUCAUCUGCGACGAUGAGCUGCACGUGAUCUCCCUCAACUUCUCCGGGCUGAAGAUGAACGGCACUUUGGGUCCUUCGUUGAGCAAGCUCGAAUACCUCGUGGACCUCGAUCUGAGCCACAAUUUCCUGUUGAGCGAGCUUCCAGUGGAAUGGGGCCGGCUGCAGAGGCUGCAGACCUUGAACGUCCACGACAAUUUUCUCUUCGGUGGAGUUCCUGCAGAGUACGGCAACAUGUCGAGCCUACGAGUCCUCUACAUCGGAGCACAGGGCGAGUUCUUCAAUGGGUUCAUUUCGGAGGAGCUGGGUUUGCUUUCUGAGCUCGAGGUUCUGGUCCUGAGCACCCUCUUCAAUGGCGGGUUCUUCAAUGGGUUCGACUCCAUUGAGGACUACUACCCUUUCCGGUCGAACGAGAUGAGAGGCCCCAUUCCCAAGUCCAUCGCCAACUGCACGAAGCUGUGGUACUUGGAUUUCUCCGGCAACAACAAAUUGACGGGUCCCAUUCCGAGAGAGUACGGCCAGCUCGUGAAUCUAGAGUAUCUGAGCUUCGGGCGGAACAAUUUCACAGGCUCCAUCCCAUCCCAGCUGGGCAACCUGACGAAGAUCAAGUAUCUGCACUUGGGAAACAAUGCCCUGGAGGGAGAGUUCCCCGUGGAGCUGGCGUCGCUGUCGGAGCUCGAGUUUCUGAACGUGGGGAACAACUUCCUGACGGGGAGUUUUCUGAAAGUGAAAUCCACUUCGUGGAAUCGGCUCGAAAAGCUCUUCAUCGACGGGAACAACUUUCGUGGCGGCUUUCCCAGAGCUGUGACGGCCAUGACGGCACUGACAGAGUUCUACAUGAGGGAAAACGAGUUCACCGGCGGCCUCCCCGAGAACCUGGGACAGCUGGCCAACCUCCAGGUUUUCAGCUUCAGCAGCAACCGGCUGGACGGGGAAUUGCCCGACAGCCUCAACAACUGCACGCAGCUCCAAACGCUGGACGCAUCUCGGAACAACCUCACGGGCACGCUGGAGUCGCUGAGAAACCUCUCGCAGCUCUUGUACCUGGAAGCAGCGAACAACAGGCUCACGGGCACGCUGGACCCGCUGAGAAACCUCUCGCACCUCGUUUCACUGUGGGCAAGGAAAAACAGGCUCACGGGCACGCUGGAGCCGCUGAGAAACCUCUCGCACCUCGUUUCACUGUACGCAGGGAACAACAAUCUCACGGGCACGCUGGAGCCGCUGAGAAACCUCUCGCUACUCGUUAACUUGAACGCAGAUAACAACAAUCUCACGGGCACGCUGGAGCCGCUGAGAAACCUCUCGCAGCUCUGGGUACUAGAGGCAGCGAACACCAGGCUCACGGGCACGCUGGACCCGCUGAGAAACCUCUCGCAGCUCUGGGUACUAGAGGCAGCGAACACCAGGCUCACGGGCACGCUGGACCCGCUGAGAAACCUCUCGAUGCUCUUUUACCUGGUCGCAGGGAACAACAAUCUCACGGGCACGCUGGACCCGCUGAGAAACCUGGACGGCAUCGAGUUCUUGCUCCUGAACGACAACGACUUCCGAGGCCACAUUCCCGCCGAGCUCGGCAAGCUGCCGAAUUUGGUAUUCCUCUUCCUGCACAAUAACCGGCUGUCGGGGCCCAUACCCACCAGCUUGGCCGACCCGAAAAACAUCGAGGAGAUCAAUCUUAGCAACAAUUUUCUGACAGGAGAAAUCCCUCCGGAGUUCGGAGGUCUGGAGUAUUUGGAGUACUUGCGCCUAAAUAUCAACGGGCUGACAGGCGGAAUCCCUCCAGAGCUGGGGCGACUGCAGAAUAUGGCGUAUCUUAUCCUCGACAGGAACAACCUCACGGGAACCAUUCCCGCGUCUCUGGCGAACUGUAGCUCGCUGAGAAACAUCAGGCUGAGCAACAACAAGCUCACGGGCACAGUCACUGAGAUUGACUUCUUGCAGCUGCGAUCCCUCGAGAGUUUCUCUGUCAACGGGAACCAGCUGGGCGGAGAGUUUCCCGUCAGCGUGUACAACUGCACGGAUCUGAAGCUCCUGGACCUGAGCAGCAAUCAGUUCUCAGAGGAGCUCCCCGACAACUACGAGUACUCUCAACUGGUGCUGCGCGAAUUGCGAGUAUUGAAAUUAGCAUCCAACAAAUUCGGCGGCCGCGUGCCCGGCUGGAUCUGGAAGCUUCCGGAGCUGCAAGUGCUCGACUUGUCGCACAACUCAUUCACGGGAGUCUGGCCCACCAAUCUCUCGGGGUUGGAAGGCUUUAGUCGCCUCGAAGCGUCACCAGACGACGCCGGGGGAGGCAUCAGUGUCAGCGAUAGCAUCAUCAUCACCUCGACCGGUGUCGAGGUUCAGGGGAAGAAAUUGCUCGAGCAAAUCUCCAUUGAGGCCAAAGGUUCGAGACUCGAACUCGAGUACGUCCUCGAGACUUUGUUCUCCAUCGACCUGUCAUACAACCAGCUCUCCGGGAGGCUCCCGUACGCGCUUGGAGAGCUGCGCGGGUUGACGUACUUGAAUCUGAAGCACAAUAAUUUCUCGGGCGAAAUCCCUCAGGAGCUCGGAGAUCUGCUGCGUCUCCAGUCGCUGGAUUUGUCGGCCAACUAUCUCACGGGGAAGAUUCCUGCGGCGCUGAGCAGGCCCAGCUUGAGCUAUCUGAAUCUCUCCUACAACUUCCUCGAGGGCGAGAUCCCCACGGCGGAUGCUUUCUCCACGAGGUAUGCCAAUUCGUCCUUCAAGCCCGGGAACGAUAAGCUCUGCGGGCCCCCGCUCGAGACCACUUGUGUGGCGCAAGACAGCAACGCAAGCGGAAGCUCGGCCACACUCGGGGCUCCGUCGUCCGAGCUCCUGGAUGGUACAUUCUGGCGAGCAUUUGAGAUCGGAACGGCGAUCGGGGUCGUAAUUGUGAUCGGGGUCGUGAUCGGAGCGCUGAGAACAAUGCCCUGCGCACGACACUGGCUACUGCAUAAUCAAGAUUUCGCUCGCCAUUUCAAACACAGUAGAUACGGAGUGUUCAACGAACCGACAUAGACUGAAUCAUUCAGGAGCUGACUGCUGCGUACACGACUGCUCGCUUUGCACAGGGCUGGACCCCGGGGUCCAGCCGGGGCUUACGAGAUUCCGCAUGAAUGGGGACUCGUUGUCCGCCAGACACAUGUGCUACUGCUGCUGGGCCUCUAGAUAGCACAGCGUUGUCUGCACUGAGUUGUUCCAAUUGGACUGUGUCAAGUAGAGCCAGAUUCCACGACGAUUCAUGAUUGCAGGAGUACUACUCCCCUUGGAAGCUUUUGUCUCCGGAUUGGAGAAGUUUCAUUGUAAUUACUUGAUGGGACUGCGGGAGACUCAAAUCACUUGAUGGGACCCACCACGUUUCAUUGUAUAUGAUAGGACCACAUUUGACUGCAAUGCAUGUCACGUUCAACAUUGUUACAAUAACAAUUCUUAUAACCCGAUACUUUACAUUAUAGUGUGAAGAGUUUAUGCCCUUUGUUGGGCCAAAAUAUUAUUUCUCGAGAAUAAUUUGGCAGCGAUGAAAUGAUUUUUACAAU